AUGAAUAGAUUUAAGAUAGACCUUGGUAAAUUCAAAUUUGAUAUUAAGUUUUUAGGAGACUUAUUUCUCCUUACGGGAGCUGGUCUCUCUAUGUAUUAUAUAAUGAAUCAUUUGCUUAACGAGUCACUUGGAGAAGGUUCAGUCAAGAACAGAGAAUCUAAGAAAAAGGGGACAGGUGUAUUACGGAGGAUGCAAGCCACAAACCCAGAAUUAAAGAAUGUUACAUUUAAUGAUUAUGAGAAAUCGUUACUAAGCUGUCUAAUUACACCUGAAGAUAUUUCGGUUACGUUUGGCGAUAUUGGAGGGUUAAAAGAUAUUAUAGACGAACUAAGAGAAGCAGUUAUUUUACCUUUAACUGAACCAGAGUUAUUUGCUGCACAUCUGUCAUUGGUGCAGUCGCCAAAAGGUGUAUUAUUCUAUGGUCCUCCAGGUUGUGGGAAAACAAUGCUCGCAAAGGCAAUUGCGAAAGAAAGUGGAGCCUUUUUCUUGCUGAUCCGAAUGUCCACCAUCAUGGACAAAUGGUAUGGGGAGUCAAACAAGAUUGUAGACGCUAUUUUUUCGCUUGCCAAUAAGUUGCAGCCAUGUAUCGUAUUCAUAGAUGAAAUUGAUUCCUUUUUGAGAGAUAGAUCAUCAAACGAUCAUGAAGUGAGUUCCAUCAUCAAAGCCGAAUUUAUGACCUUAUGGGAUGGAUUAAUGUCCAAUGGAAGAAUAAUGGUGAUGGGUGCAACUAAUAGACGUGAAGAUAUAGAUCAGGCUUUCAUGAGAAGAUUACCAAAACAGUUUCCGAUUGGGAGACCAGAUGCAUCCCAAAGAAGAUCAAUUCUCAAUAAGAUAUUGAAAGAUUCUAAGCUAGAUGAAGAUGAUUUCGAUUUGGAAGCUAUUGUUUCUAAUACUAGAAGUUUUAGUGGUUCUGAUUUGAAAGAACUUUGCAGAGAAGCUGCCUUGAACUCUAUGAGAGAAUUCAUUAGAGAUAACUAUAAAGACGGUAAAAAAUUGACUAAGGACACUGAGCCUGAAAGUACACCUAAAGUCAGACCUUUAAGGACAAGUGAUUUCUUGAAAGGUUUCAGUGAAACGAUCCCUUCUUCUACCGUCGAUUGA